GCCGCGGGACGGGACGGGUGGAAGGAGGAGGUGACUGGGAGGAAAAAUCCAAUGGAAAGACUAGCAGUAUGGAAUCUGACCAAUAGCAAUAGGACUAUUCUUCCUAGGAAGACCGUCCUGUGAAGGCAGGAAAGACUGGGGGACGACUGGAGAAGGAGUCAGGGCAAGGGGGGCGGAGCUUGUUGGGAACCUGUCGGAUGUGGGUGUAUCGUGUAAUUAGUUCCAUUUAAUUUAACUAGUAUUCAGCGCCUACUAAGUGCCUGGCACGUGCUAUCCCCUGAGGGUGCAGAGAUUAAAAAAAAAAAUUCUCCACUAUCCCUGCGCCCUAGGAGUUUAGAUAUCUUCCUGGUAUUGAUCGAUUGAAAGAACUGAUCAGUAAAAACGAAUUGUGUACCAAGUAUUUAGAAAUGAAUUGGGGAGGGAGGAUAAUCCUAGGCCUCGGAUAGGAAGGACACUGGAGCUGAGCCCUGGAGGGAGGACUGAGAGCAUUCUAAGAUUGAGGGACUACCCUGGGAUGAGCUCUGUGCUAGAGUGAACUGUUAGGGGACAGACCCAGAGCUCAAGGGUUCUUAACUUUUUUUUUUUUUUAAUUAAUAUUGAGAACUAUUUCAAUAUAACUUUGUUCCUUUAUAACCCUGUUUUUCAUUUUAUACAAUUAAAAACUUUCGUCUGAGGAGGUUGCACUAUCUUGGACACCAGCAUAAAAAGGCAAAGAGAUUCAUGACAGAAAAAGUGUAAGAACUUCUGGAAUAGAGUACAGUCUGUGCAAUGAUUGAAGGUGGGAGGCUUUUGAGGAUAAUUUCAGUGAAGACUGAGCUUAUUAUAAGGAAGAGGACCAGGGAAGUAUCCACUGCUGAAUUGGAGAGGAUUGACCUUCUUAAGGAAGGCUUCUAAAGCCUGUCUUCUUCUAAGGCUCUGUUCAAGGGUUACCUCCUAUCUGAGGCUUUCCUGUAUUCUCUUCCCUUUUCAAUUCAUUUGUAUUUACUUGGCAGUUUGUUGAUCUUCUCUAAGCUUAGAAGGUGUCAGGCUAGAGGAAAAUUUAUUCAGUUAAACAGUUUUAUCUUGAAGGGUAUGGGGAGGUGGCAUCUAUCUGUUCAUCUGAAAGCUCUAACCCCAUGAAUCUGAGGAGAAAAAGCCCUCUGUCAAUCCUCUGGGAGCUCACAAACUUAUUUAGUGAAUUUCAGAGUAAAAAAUGAAAAAUUCUUGGAGAAGAUAGGAUGAAUCCUGGAGAAGGCAGAAGCUGUUGCAGAUUCAUGAAGCCCUGAGCCAGGAUCCAGUAGAUGUGGAGUUUCUUCGAAUGGCUGCCCAGAGUCGAGGGGGCCUACUUAGCGACCAGGUCCGGAGAAAGGUCUGGCCCCGGCUUCUGGGCCUUAGCCCCUAUGACCUGCCACCCCAUCCAGGCCGAAGCCCCCUCCAGGACCACAGAGACUAUCACCAGGUGCAAAUGGAUGUGGAGCGCUCCCUGGCCCACUUUCCCCGAGGGAUGCGCCCAGAGCAGCGGGCAGUGCUGCAGGAGCAGCUGGUGGCUGUGAUCCUGGCUGUCCUGAGCGCCCGGCCAGAGCUGCACUAUUACCAGGGCUACCAUGAAGUGGCAUUGGCUCUGCUGCUGGUGCUGGGGCCCCGUAAAGCGGCUGCCCUGCUGGACCAACUCUCCAUGCACCACCUCAGGGACUUCAUGGAUCCGACAAUGGAUAACACCUGGCACAUCCUGAACUACCUGCUGCCUCUGCUGGCCCGGGAGAGUCCUCAGUUACACAGCUUUAUGGAGAGGGCCGAGGUGGGUACAGUAUUUGCCUUAAGCUGGCUGCUGACCUGGUUUGGCCAUGUGCUACCUGAGCCCACCCACGUGCUGCGCCUCAUGGACUUCUUCCUAGCUUCUCAUCCACUCAUGCCUGUCUACGUGGCCGCUGCGGUAGUUCUGCACCGGGAGCCAGAGGUCCUAGCAGGGCCCUGUAACAUGCCGAGCCUGCACCAGCUGCUAUCUCGCCUGCCUCAGCCCCUGCCCACUGAGUCCCUCCUGGCCCAGGCCCUGAACCUCUUUACCCAACACCCUCAUUCCCAGCUGGCCCAGGAGGUUGCCAUGAGGACCCAUAGCAGCUUAUCCAUCGAGGGCUCCUUCACAGCUCUACAAGUAGCCUCAGCACACCAGCGACCUGACUGGGUCCUACAGAAGCAGCGACAGCAGGCAGGGUGCCAGAAGCCCUUAGGGAGUCAAGGUGGGCCCAGCACCCUGGUGAAGGCAGCCGUAUGGGGUCUCUCAGCGACAUUAGGGGCAGCAGCCCUGGCUGUAACACAGACUGCCCUGGGCUGGAGCCCUGAACUUCUGUGGAAGAUCUUCUAGAUAGACACAUGAACCAUUGUGACCUUAGUUGGCCCCCAACCAGUGGACUGGCCAUCGUUGGACUGAGCACAGCUCAGAUAGCCAUGACUGGACUGACCAAUCAUAAUAGCACUGGUAACAGUGGCCAGUUGGACAGAGGACCUGAAGAGAUGGCCAGGAAAGGAAGGUUAGACACUCCCUCCUCCCACCUCCCAUCUCCUACUCCCCAGAGGGAUAGAAGCCUUGGAGAGGGUUCCUCUGAGAACACCGUGCUGGGGGACUGGGCACAGAAUAGAGGAGACCUGUCUGGGCCAGUCUCUUGCCUCCCCCAGGGCAAAGGUGAGCCAUCAUGGUUUUGUACUUGGACCAAUAAAUUCAGAGCUGCCUGGCUCCUGGGGAGUAA